AUGAUACCGACAACGAAUCAUUUCCAGAUGGUGCAGCAUCCCCGGCUAGGCUGCCAUCGAUCGGGGCGGCCAUUUCCCAGUGCAUGAGUCCCUCAGACGUCGCAAAUCACCCAGAUGUAAAUUCUGAGAGUUUCAGAGCACUUGUCGCUUUGGGCGGUGAUACGCCUUCUGGAGAUACACUGACCGACGUGAGGGUGUCCCAAGAUGUUAGUCAAGAAUCUUCCCCCAAGACAAUUCGGAAUCCGAGCAAGACCCGCAAACGACCGAGGCCCGUGCCAGAAUCUGCUUUGAGCCUGACAUUUGACGAGCAUAUUAUAUACGAGCUUCUGUCACAAUGUGAAUUCGCGAUGAAAAGACGGUUGAACCAUGAAGAAAUCCUGCAAGUCCUGGACGCGCAAAGGCAUCUCGUCGUCAGAAGUCCGCGUCAAAUCCUUGAGCCUAUUUGGGCCUGCUGGGAAGAAAAUGUGGCCCACGGUUUGCUUCCUGUUGGUAUCCCCACUUUAUGGUUUGGUGUAGAGGCCGCGGCGAGGUGUAUCGGCGACCUCGAAGCCGACCCUAUUUCGGACUCUUUUGCUGGUAGAAUAAAGUGUUUUUUAUUUUAUUUAAACUACGCUGUGCUCUCCAGUGAUCCAGACAGAUUCGGAUUACGUCCCAAAAGAGGCCGAAAAACAAACCAUCUGAUUAACUUGAUCACCCAGCAUCUGGAGGAUGGUCCCUUUGAGAGAUGCAGUACAGACACUUGGUGCAAAGCAGUUCACAAGUACCGACAAAAGGGGUUGCGUUUAUGGCAGCUCGCAAGUGUACUUGGUUUCGGUUUUCUCCUAGCCACCGACGCUGCUGUAAUUGAGAAAUUAUGAGUAAAAUAUUCAAUCAAUGUCUUAACCGCUGACGCGAGUCUCAGAACGAUUCACACCUUAACCAACAGCCAAGUAGAUGCCCUUGUUACCUGUGCUUUCUACACCCGC